AUGUGCUUCAGACCAAACUCUGCUAUGCGAGCUAGUAAGCUAUCUAUCUACAUAGGACUGUUAAUAUCUAUCUAUCUAUCUAUCUAUCUAUCUAUCUAUCUAUCUAUCUAUCUAUCUAUCUACAUAGAUACCAGAAUAAAUAAACAAGCAUUUGUUUUCCGCCGCCUCCGCCUUCUUCUUCUUCUUCUUCUUCUUCUUCUUCUUCUUCUUCUUCUUCUUCUUUGUCGUAUUAUUUCUUCUUCUUCUUCUUCUUUUCUUCUUAUUAUUAUUUCUUUUUCUUUUUUGUCGUAUUAUUUCUUCUUCCUCUUUUUCUUUUUCUUCUUCUUUGUCAUAUUAUUUCUUCUUCUUCUUCUUCUUCUUCUUCUUAUUAUUAUUAUUAUUAUUAUUAUUUCUUUUUCUUCUUUGUCGUAUUAUUUCUUCUUAUUCCUCUUUUUUCUUUUUCUUCUUCUUUGUCAUAUUAUUUUUUCUUCUUCUUAUUAUUAUUUCUUUUUCUUCUUUGUCGUAUCAUUUCUUCUUCUUCUUCUUCAUAUUAUUAUUAUUUCUUUUUCUUUUUUGUCUUAUUAUUUCUUCUUCUUCCUCUUCUUCUUCUCUUACUCAUCUUCCAUUUCCUCAAUAUUAUUAUCCAGACACUAG